UUCUUAUUGAUAUUAUUUAACUUAUUCAUUUAUCGUCUUAAAAUAAUUCAUAUAUUUAUCUUGUAGAAUCAAUUCAGUUUCUACUUACUUCUGCUCACUAUUUGUAUUGGUUUGUUUUUGUGUAUUUGUGUGUGUGUGCGCGCGCGUGCGCGCGCGUAUGAGUGCGCGUGUGUGAGUACGCGUGUUUGUGUGAGUGUAUGUGUGUAUGUGUGUUUACAACUGUUUUAGUUUUUGCUUGGAAAAUGCCACCCAAUGUUAAAAAAUUCACCCGCUUUAUCGAACGAUCUUUCAUCGAUUUUUUGAUGUGGUGUUGCACCCUGAAAACCUAUGAAUCCGAGGAAGAUAGUGUUUCUUAUACAGACUUAAAUGUAUUGUCUGAACCAUACGGAAAUAUUCCUACACGUUCAAGCACAGAAACUAUUUUGAAGAUUAUUCAGAUUUCAGGUCAAGAAAUCGUCUGUAGUGCAACUUCAGAAUCUGUUACUUCGGAAGACACAAAAUCCAUUCACGAUCCAAACGUAAAAGCCGUGUCUAUAUCAGACUCAAAACAUCUUCCCUCAUUAGACCAAGAAGUGGUUCAAUAUCUAACGAUGGACAUAUGGAAGCCAGACAAUUAUGGUAAUGAUGAUAAUAAUGAUGAUGAUGGCAAUGUGAAAAACCCUAAGAUUCGCGGAUGUAUGUUUGGUGAUCGGACUGGCAAUAUUAACGAGGAAAACAUCGAGGAAAUAGAGCUAGGCGAGGAGAUCCACUCUGGUCGUUGUCAUGAUACACAUAAGGUUUCUUUAUGUGUAUCACAAAUUUAAAUUUAUGUAAUUUAACAGAAGCUUUGUAUAACACGUGUCACGUGCAGAAGAUGAUAUGCACAGCAUUUCUAACACCCAGCUUCUGAUCACAGAAUACUAUAGAGACUAUAACACCCGACUCUUGAUAACAAUAACACAGUAAAAAGUACAGUACAGUAAAGAACCAUGAAAUUAUAAUAACCAGCUUCUGAUCACAAAACUACUGUAGAGACUACGGUAGCCAGCUGUUGAUCAUAAAGCGCUGUAGAGACCAUGACAACUAGCUCUUGAUUAUAAAACAAUGUAGAAAAUAUGGCGUCAGCUCCUGAUCACAAGAAUACUUUAAAGGUUCAACCAGACAUACAAAUUGUAUAAGUCGCUGAAUUUUCCAUGUUACCAUUUUGUUAUUUGUUCCUCGUUUUAAAUAAAAUUUUCUGGUUAAAGUU